GAGGGGAGUAGGAGUUCCAAAAUCCAAGUUGCGUAAUAACAUUUUACAAAUUUUUGCAAUUCGGACCCGAUCCAUAAAUUUUGUAAACCGUUUUUUCUAGAAAACCCCAAAAGAUCACCCAAGACACAAUGGCAGAUGCACCAGCAGUACCAGGCAGACCCAUGAAAUAUCCAUACACAUUUUCUGCGAAAAUCGCUCAGUUUCCUUAUAAAUUCUACUUCAAGAACAAUUUUCUAUGCAGAUGGUACUUAGUUGGGAUUUUGGCGGCUCUACCUUUGUUCAAAAAGAUCAGUAACAUGGCUAAUUCUCCUGAAAAUGUGGCUAAAUGGGCUGAAAUUCGUCGUAAACAAGCAGAAGGGCACCACUAAGUGUAUCUAUUAAUUCUCCAAUAUUCAUCAAUUUUAGUCCGAAUAAAAUAUGUACAUACCCUUAUGGCUAGGAUGUUUGAGAGAAGUGGGUUGCCUGAUAACUGUAUAACGUCAUCUGGGGUGCCUCCAAGAAUUGUAAACUCUACAGGAUUGCUCAAUCCCAUAAGACAAACGUUCAUAAAAAUAUCGAAGAUGGCGGUAUGCGAAUGACGUCACGCAGUCCUUGAUCGGUUUGUGUUUUUU